AUGUCCUCGGCCGUAGCUGAGCUGGAGAACUAUCUCCAGUCGAUGCUGGCCCUCAAGCCCCCAGGUGUAUCGGGCUCCAAAAUCCACAGUAUCACCACUCUGUGCACCGCCAACGUACAGAAUGAAUCCGUUCUUAUCCAAAAGAUCUACACACACUUCAAGAAGGCACCGGGCACCCACAAAUUGGGAGUACUCUAUGUCGUAGACUCCGUAACCCGGCAAUGGGUAGAAGCUGCACGAAAGGCUGGUCAGCCUCCUGGGAGCUCUGCCCCCGAUGGAACCUUCGCCGCAGGUGUCAAUCGUGUCACUGAACUCCUGCCUGUUCUGAUGGGAGAUAUCAUAAACACCGCUCCCCAAGACCAAAAGGAGAAAAUCAAAAAGCUGAUCGACAUCUGGGAGCGCGGAUACACAUUCCCAGCCCCAAUGCUCACAUCAUUUCGCGAGAAGCUGAAUGCUCCUCAGCAGCCUGUGGAAUCCACCACCCCCGAAGGAUCUCCCACACCAGGCCUCAAUCCUCUUGGAGGCGUAAACAUGCCAUCUCAACCCCCCAACGGCGGCGCAGCCCCAGAUACUUCGAGUAUCCUGAAGGCACUCGCGGAUAUGGCCAAGCAGAACACUGCUGCCCCCGCUGCCCCCGCGGCCCCGGCUAUGGCAAACCCUCUUGCUGCCUUGAACCCUGCUGCUGCAAUCCCGCCCCCCGUAUCGUCCGCCGACCCAUCCAACUCCGCUGCGAACCCAUACGCAGCUGCCGGCGCCAUGGGAAACCCUUUUGCUGCCUUCGGCCAGAACCCGACCAUUCCUCAGCCGCAAAGCCAGAGCCAGACUCCCAACCCACUGCCAUCGGCCCCGAACCCCUUGGCCGCCAUGCUCCCUGCAGGUACCGCCAUGCCGCCCAUGGGAGAUGGUAAUGCUCUGUCCCAGCAGCUUCAGCUUCUUCAACUUCUGGCCGCACAGGGCAUUCCUCAGGACCAGUGGGGUACUGCCCUCCAGAUCAUCAGCAUGACCAACAGCAUGCCUGGUGGCGGGCCGAUUCCUGGCCAGAUGCCUGGCUUCCCUCCCAUGCCCGGACCUGGUGUAGGUGCUUGGGGUCAUGGAGAUGCUCAGGGUCACAAUGAGCGCGACAGAGAGCGUGACUAUAACCGUUCCCCUCAGGGAUACCGCCGUCGAUCUCGUUCCCCCGGCUGGGACCGCCGCCGUGACACCUCUCCUCCACGUCGCCGCAACAGCCCCGUUUACGAUGAAUACCACGCGGACUCCCCAGGACGUCGCGGUGAUCCCCGCGAUGGUCGUGGUGGCCGUGGCGGCCGUGGUGGCAACGAUUACCGCCAGCGCAGUCCGGCCGGCCGCAGACGUCGCUCGCCUUCGCCGCAACGCAAGGACCCCAACCUUCCACCUCCCGGUCCCAAGCUCGUCGAGUGGGACUACUCGAUCGGUCAAGGUAGCAUGAAGGUUCUCAGCCGAACUCUCUUCGUUGGCGGUGUCACCAUUCCGGAAGCGCAAUUGCGCGCGCUCUUCGGCAAGUUUGGCAUUGUCCAGACGUGCAUCGUUAACAUUGACAAGCGUCACGCAUUCAUUAAGAUGAUCAGUCGCCCAGAUGCGAUCGCUGCCCGCGACGGCAUGGAGUCAUACCGCCAAGGAGAGAUGCAGCUGCGAACCCGUUGGGGUGUCGGCUUCGGCCCUCGCGACUGCAGUGACUACCAAACUGGCGUCAGCAUCAUCCCCAUCGAGCGUCUCACCGAGGCUGAUCGCAAGUGGAUGCUCAACGCUGAGUACGGUGGAACCGGAGGCCGGGCUAUCGAGCCUGGCAUGGUUGUUGAGGAGCCGGAUAUCGAGAUCGGCGCUGGUGUAUCUUCCAAGGCAAUCAGCCGACGCAUCGCGACAGACACUGGCGGCAAGCGAGGCCCUGUCUCCUCCCGUACCAAUCCCAACACUGAAACCCGCUUUGGUGGUGGUGGUGGCGGUGGUGGUGGCGGCCGUCGCCAGGACCGUGAUGCUUUCAGUGGAGGUUACCAAGGAGGCCAGGGCGAGCAUGACAUGUCCAACAUGAACAACCCCGCUGUUGCCCCCGCUGUCCCCGCGUACGGCUUCAACUUUGCCAGUAUGCCCAUGCUCCCUCCCGGAUUCAUGAUGGGCGGUGCGCAAGCCGGCGGCAUGCCAACCACUCAACCUCCUCCCCCGGGCCAGGGUAACUAA